UCCAUGGCCACAUGACAGCGGAGCUCCGUAGAGGCGCUCGGUGCAUUGUGCUGGCGUCCUGCUUCGGGCCCCCAGCGCGCAUGCGUCAGGUCUGGCGUUGAAGUGUCCAAUAUGUCGCUGGAAGAUCCGUUCUUCGUAGUCAAGGGGGAGGUCCAGAAGGCGUUGUCUCGUGCCAGGAGCCUUUACGAACGCUGGGAGGAGCUUCUGGAGGAGGGCACUCAGGUGAGCAAAGAUGAGCUGGACUGGAGCACCAAUGAACUGAGGAACUGUCUCAGAGCCAUAGACUGGGACCUGGAGGACCUGAGUGAAACCAUCAGUAUCGUUGAGUCCAACCCGGGGAAGUUCCGUCUGGGGGAGAAUGAGCUGCAGGAGAGGAGAGACUUUGUGGAGCGAACACGGCAGGCCGUACAGGAGAUGAAGGAUCAACUCUCCAGUCCCUCUGUUGUGGCCCAGGCAGAGAAGAAGAACAGACAGGCUCUGAUGGGUGCGUCUGGGCAGGACAGGUCUGAUGGUCUGGAGUCUCACCUGGUGUCAACCAACUCCAGAUACAUCCAGGACCAACAGGAACAGCAGCAGUUGAUCAUGCAGGACCAGGAUGAGCAGUUGGAGCUGGUGACAGGAAGCAUCAGAGUACUGAAAGACAUGUCAGGACGCAUCGGAGAUGAACUAGACCAGCAGGCUGUUAUGCUAGGAGAGUUUGGAGAGGAGAUGGACCAGACAGGUUCUAGGAUGGACUCUGUCCUCAAGAAGAUGGAGAAAGUCUCCCACAUGACCAGCAGUAGGAGACAGUGGUGUGCCAUCGGAGUACUGGUGGUCAUCAUGGUAGUUGUUCUCAUCCUCUUCUUCACCCUCUGAGUAUGGACCUCUCUUCACUACACGACUCUACCGCACUCGCCCACUCCUUCCUGGGGAUGAACCAUGAAAUGGAUGAAGGGAUGGAUGGAGGCAUCGAUAUAGGAAACAGGGAAUCCAAUCCAACCCUCGUCUUUCCUUUGUCAUAGAUUAUUCAGAGACUGAAUUCUAUAUUUCUAGUACUCAUCACUUUGUCUCUGUCUCUCUAUCUGGGUCUCUGUCUGUCCCCGUUUCCCUCCUAUUUCCCACCUCUCUCACCACCCAUAUCAGAGGAGAGCAGUGAGAUGACGGUUACAUUAUAUUAUAUAUUCAGGCAAAGCUAAGAUGUCUCUUGUGUGUGUGAAUGAUGGUACAGACUUGGGAGGGAGAUGUCAAUGUUGCCUUAUCUAUUUUUAUACGUCUAUGAGAUGAUCUAUGGGCUUCAUCCCAAAUAGGACCUUAUUCCCUACAUAGUGCACUACUUAGGAUUGGUGAAAUCACCUAGAUCCUAGAUCUGUUGUUAGGUCAACUUCUACUUUGUUCCAAAUCAUCUGGCCCGUUGGAAUAGCUUUAUCAUAGGAGGUAGAAGUUACCCCUAGACAUGUUUUAUGUAGUUUCCCCUUAUGGAUAAAGGAUUUGAGGCUAGUGAUCUGAUCCCAGAUCUGUGGAGAUGGGAAAGGUCAAGCCUAUGGUGACUUUACCAUAGUAACAGUUGGAGUUCUGGGUUGCUGGGCAGGAAAUUAGCAGCACAAGUUAAUUUGAAGCUCUUUCGCCCCCUAGCGGACAUUUAUGGCCAUGUCCACAUGUCAUAAUGUGAGAUACCACUGACUGAUGUGAUGGCACGUUUUCAGAAUUUUUGGGGGAGUGCUGAUAUAGGAUCAGUUUUGCCUCCUACUCUGAGAUGCUUGAUGAAUAUGACCCUAAGGUGCAUUUUAUACUCUUGUGUAAAUAAAUCUAAAUGUAAUGCUUGACAUUGUGGGAUGUGGACUUAUUUUGCCUUUCUCAAGACACAUCUCUCUAUGGGAAAGUUUCCUGCCUGGUGUCUUUUGGUUGGCACUGCCACCUUGGUCCCAAUGGUACCCGUUUGUGUGGGAUGGUUGGUUUAAUCUGUUCAUUUGCGAUUGGUUGUGUAUUUAGGGCUCCUGAGUGGCGCAGUGGUCGAAGGCACUGCAUUGCAGUGCUAGAGGUGUCACUACAGACCCUGGUUCGAUUUCAGGCUGUAUCGUAACCGGCCGUGAUUGCGAGUCCCAUAGGGCGGCACACAAUUGGCCCAGCGUCGUCGUAAAUAAGAAUUUGUUAAAUUAAUUUACAUUGUACUGAUUGAAUCACUCAAGUAUUUUUCCAUUCUCUGUUUGUGAUCAGUUUGAAAGGUUGUAGCUCUGUUCUACUGAAAACUGUCUGUACUGGUUUCCAUCUAUCACAUUGUCCAAUGAUUUAGGUUUAUUAGGAACUCUCUCAGGGUGCAUUGACUGGUGCAAUAGGCCCUGUUCUAAUACCUCCUUCCUUCACCUAUUCCUCAAGGAAAUCACCACUGAUCUAACAUGAUCUGGUUGGUCAGAGGACGCAGUGGAAAGUAGCCUAAAUUCCACCUAUCCAACUUUGUCAGAUCAGUGAUUGUGCACAAACAAGGUUGCAUUAGAAGGGUUUGAACAGGGCCUGAUUCUUCCAAGUCAAAAAGGAAAAGGUUAGCUAGCAUUUAUCCAGCUAUAGCAAUGACUAACCAUUCAAGAGUUAUUGCGUAAAUAGAAUACAAAAUGGCCGCCUUCCUGCUUUUGUUUGCUUGCAUGUUGUUGAAGGGGAGUUUAGAACUGUAUUUUGUUGCCAUGUGAGUGCAGUUAACAUUGGUGAAAGGUUGGUUUCAUUGAAUUAGUGACCUCACUCAUCUAUUUCAAGUUCUACUGUUGCUAUUCAGUGUAAUGUUUUCCAAAGUCUGAAUUGUAUUUGCUGUAGUUGUCGGCCACCCUGUUUAUGAAUGAACAUAGGAGUCAUUUCAAAUGCUUUGCCGUAUCAUCAAGUAAACACUCCUUUUUUGUACGAUAAAUGUUUUGCCGUCAUUGUAGUUUCUUGAUGAAAAUGAACUCUUGUUCUUAAUAAAUCAUGCUUUUAAAGUG